AUGUCGUCAGAGAAACACGAAUGCCGUCCUGAACGCUCCGAUAAUAUUCUCGGCGAGCAUUCUAACUUUGUUGGACGACCUGAGAUAAUUCUUGGUAACAGCUCAAAGGAAGUUAAAGAUGAAGAUCCGAGCGAUAUAGAGUGGACAGAAAGUGAAAGAUCGAACUCAGAACGUCGAUUCGAACCUAUAAGGUCUGGGGACAGAGAACAUCUUCACAGGAUAGCCUCUGAAUUUGGAGGCUCUGUGGCCCUUUCCCGAUCGCAAACCCGUCGGGGAUCGACUGCCUUAGAGAGACUCGAUACACUUCAUGGCGUUAAUAUUGGAGACGCCGUGCUGGACCCCUCCUCCCCAGACUUUGAUGUCUACAAAUGGACGAGAAUGGUAAUGAGACUUGUUGAUGAGAAUGAUGUUAUUGAACGAAGGGCUGGUAUAGUUUGGAAGCAACUAAAAGUUUGCGGCUCAGGGUCAGCUAUCAACCUGCAAAAGAACGUAGGCUCUUUGCUUCUAGCCCCUCUUCGAUUCCGCGAAUUUCUCAGCAAGGGGCCUGAGAAAACCAUCUUGAACGAGUUUGAUGGUGUACUCAAGUCAGGGGAGAUGCUUGUUGUGCUCGGACGUCCUGGCAGUGGUUGCUCAACGCUCCUCAAGUCUCUGAUGGGAGAAUUGCAUGGCUUAGAUAUGAAGUCACAGUCCGAUAUACACUACAAUGGUAUCACUCAGAAGCAAAUGCUGAAGGAAUUCCGAGGCGAGAUUGUCUAUAAUCAAGAAGUCGAUAAGCACUUUCCUCACUUGACAGUCGGCGAGACCCUCGAAUUUGCUGCUCGAGUCCGGACCCCGCAACAACGACUGAUUGAAGGCGUCAGUCGCGAGUCAUGGGCAAAGCAUAUGGCCCAGGUUGUAAUGGCGAUUUUUGGCCUUUCUCAUAUUCACAGCACCAAAGUUGGAAACGAUUAUGUCCGUGGAGUGUCCGGUGGUGAAAGAAAGCGAGUUAGUAUUGCUGAAAUGGCCUUGGCUAGAUCCCCAAUUGCGUCGUGGGAUAAUUCGACAAGAGGUCUUGACGCCGCCACAGCUCUGGAGUUCACCAGAUCUCUUCGCAUGUCCUCCGAUCUCAGUGGCACUGUUCAUCUAGUAGCGAUUUACCAGGCGUCUCAGGCCAUCUAUGAUCAAUUUGACAAAGCUGUUGUCUUGUACGAUGGGCGGCAGAUUUAUUUCGGACCUUGCAAUGAAGCAAAACGAUACUUCAUUCAAAUGGGGUACGAAUGUCCUCCACGCCAGACCACCGGUGAUUUUUUGACGUCUGUUACCAAUCCAUCAGAGCGGAAGGUUCGCGAAAACUUCCAGGGUAAUGUCCCACGUACAGCAGGAGAUUUUGAGAGAUACUGGAAAGAGUCCAAACAGUAUAUGGCUCUUAAAAAGGAAAUCAGCAACCAGGACAGAGAAUUUCCCAUUGGUGGAAAGACAUUGGAAACAUUUCAGGAAAGCCGAAAGGGUAUGCAGUCAAAACAUGUCAGGCCUGAAUCGCCAUAUACAAUUAGCAUUCCUAUGCAGGUGAGGUUUUGCACUCAGCGGGCCUACCAACGGUUGCUCAAUGAUAAGACUUCAACAGUAACGACAAUCAUCGGUCAGAUUGUUAUGUCCCUGAUCAUCGGAUCAAUCUUCUAUGGUACAAGAAACGAUACUUCAAGCUUCUUCCAAAAAGGCGGAGUUUUGUUUUUUUCUGUUCUGCUGAACGCCCUAAUCGCCAUCUCCGAAAUCAAUAGCCUUUACGCGCAACGCCCAAUUGUCGAAAAGCAAGCCUCCUAUGCCUUCUACCAUCCGUUCACGGAAGCCUUGGCUGGCGUCGUGGCCGAUAUACCUGUGAAGUUUGCUAUCGCGACUUGCUUCAAUAUCAUUCUAUAUUUCCUCGCCAAUUUGAGACGAGAACCUAGUCAAUUCUUUAUUUUUUUCUUGUUUAACUUUAUAGUGAUCUUGGUGAUGAGUCAGAUCUAUCGGAGUAUUGCAGCAUCCACGAAAACAGUUUCACAGGCCUUAGCAAUUGCAGGUGUGUUCACUCUUGCCAUUGUUAUUUAUGCUGGUUUCGUCAUACCUCGACCGCUAAUGAAACCAUGGUUCAAAUGGAUCAGCUAUAUCAACCCGAUCGCAUACGCAUUCGAAGCAUUAUUUGUGAACGAACUACAUGGCCGGAGAUUUGCAUGUUCUACUCUCGUUCCAUCUGGUGGAACUUAUGCACUUACAGGGGAUCACUUUGUGUGUGCUAUCGCUGGUGCAGUGGUUGGCGAAACUACCGUUUCCGGUGAUGCCUAUUUGCAGAGCCAGUUUCAGUACUCGUACUCUCAUAUAUGGAGAAAUCUAGGUUUCAUGUUUGCAUUCAUGCUAUUUUUCUUGGCUGUUUAUCUACUUGCUACUGAGUUCAACGCGAAUACGGAUAGCUCUGCGGAGGUCCUGGUCUUUCGACGUGGCCACGUCCCAAAGCACCUUGAAGCCGCCGAAAAAGCUGCGAAAAACGACGAUGAAACUCCCACUCCGGCUGGAAUUCCAAGUAUGGGAAAGGAUGAUAUAGAGCAAGAACAGCAGGGCGAUGAGCAACUCCAAGCUUUGGCACCUCAAACUGAUGUUUUCACUUGGAAAGAUGUUUGCUAUGAUAUUCAGAUUAAAGGAGAGCCCCGCAGGCUUCUCGAUAAUAUUUCUGGAUGGGUGAAACCAGGAACUCUCACUGCGCUUAUGGGCGUAUCGGGUGCUGGUAAAACCACUCUAUUAGAUGUUCUUGCUCAACGUGUUUCGAUGGGAGUUGUCACCGGCGACAUGUUCGUUUCCGGCAAACCUCUGGACGAGUCAUUUCAACGCAAAACAGGCUAUGUUCAGCAACAGGACCUCCAUCUUGAGACCACUACCGUCCGUGAGGCAUUACGCUUCUCUGCCAUGCUUCGCCAGCCAAAGACGGUGUCAAAGAAAGAGAAGCACGAGUUCGUUGAGGAUGUUAUUAAAAUGCUUAAUAUGCAGGACUUUGCCGAAGCAGUUGUUGGUGUCCCAGGUGAGGGUUUGAACGUCGAACAGCGUAAGCUGUUGACUAUCGGGGUAGAGUUAGCCGCCAAGCCUGCCCUCCUUCUAUUCUUGGAUGAGCCAACCUCCGGAUUGGAUUCGCAGUCAUCUUGGGCAAUUAUUUCUUUUCUCCGGAAACUAGCAGAUAGCGGGCAAGCUGUCCUGGCUACAAUACAUCAACCGAGUGCCAUUCUGUUCCAGGAAUUUGACCGGCUUCUCUUUCUAGCCAAGGGUGGACGAACUGUGUAUUUCGGGGAUAUUGGCCACAACUCUCACACUUUAUUAAACUACUUCGAGUCAAAUGGAGCUGAAAAGUGCGGACCGGAAGACAACCCUGCAGAAUAUAUGUUGACCAUAGUCGGAGCUGGUCCAAGUGGGAAGUCAAGCAAGGAUUGGCAUGAAGUAUGGAAGAAUAGCAAAGAAGCACAGGAUACCCAGAAGGAGCUCUCACAGAUCAAAUCAACUAUGGGCAAAGAACAAGCGAAAGAACCAGCCGGAUCCCACGGCGAAUUUGCAAUGCCCUUCUUCACUCAGCUAUACGAGGUAACCGUUCGUGUCUUUCAACAAUAUUGGAGAACCCCCGGUUACGUCUACAGCAAGAUCCUCCUAGGGGUAGCUUCUGCGCUUUUCAUCGGAUUCUCUUUUUUCCACGCAGAUUCAAGUCAGCAGGGGAUCCAAGACGUCAUCUUCUCCAUCUUCAUGAUCACGACAAUCUUCACAAGUUUGGUCCAGCAGAUUAUGCCAAGAUUCAUCCUCCAGAGAGACCUGUAUGAAGUUCGCGAGCGCCCGUCGAAAGCUUACAGCUGGAAAGCGUUCCUCAUCGCCAAUAUCGUCGUUGAAAUUCCAUAUCAAAUUGUUCUUGGUGUCAUGGUCUUUGGAUCCUACUUCUACCCAAUCUAUACAAAGGGUGGUAUUCCCGCCCCACAACGUCAAGGCCUAAUACUGCUUUUGCUUAUACAAUUCUUCGUAUUCGCGAGUACCUUUGCCCACAUGAUGAUAUCGGCACUUCCAGAUGCCAUUACGGCUGGUAACAUUGCUACCAUAAUGUUCUCUCUAACCUUGACCUUCAACGGUGUUUUCCAACCUCCCAAAGCCCUCCCAGGCUUCUGGAUUUUCAUGUACCGCGUCUCACCUCUAACCUAUCUUGUCUCAGCAAUAGCUUCUACCGGAAUAUCCGGAAAGACCAUUCACUGCUCCACCAAUGAGCUCGCAAUCAUGCAGCCCCUAGCCGGCCAAACCUGCGGCGAUUACCUAACACCCUACGCCAACAUCGCCGGCGGCUCCAUCUACAACAAAGACGCGCGAGCAGACUGUCAAUACUGCUCCAUCUCGAACUCCGAUCAAUAUCUAAGCAGCGUAUCUAUUAGCUACAGCACUCGAUGGCGCGAUUACGGGAUCGGGUUUGCGUAUAUCGCUUUCAAUAUCGUCACGGCCAUCCUGCUUUACUAUUUCAUUCGAGUAAGGAGAGGGAGUGGCAAGAGUGUGGCGGAUCGAUUUAAGCCGCUGUUGGUUUUCUUUAAUAAGGAAAAGAAGGAGAAUAAGCGGGUCGUAGAGGCGGAAGGACCAAGGCAUCAGGGAGGGAAGACCUUGCCGUGA